UGUAACUGACCUCUUCCGUGGUGCAUUUCGGCGCGCCGCCGCAAAGGAUUCUGGGUCACGGCGAGCCGUUUGUUUGCUUCUUAGUAGUAGGUGAAGGGUGGAGGGAUGAGCCUGGCGCCGAAGGAGCUGAGCGCGCUGCUGGGCCUGCUGUCGGAGGAGGCGUGCGCCGGCAGCUCGUUCGAGAGCCUCGCGAGCGCCUUCCACCACUGCUUCGGUAAAGCCGAGCACUUCCGGGUGGGCUCGGUGCUCGUGCUGCUCCUGCAGCAUGCCGAUCUGCUUCCGGGUUCCGCUCAGCGGCUCGCCGCGCUCUACCUGCUGUGGGAGAUGUACCGCACUGAGCCGCUCGCCUCCAACCCGUUCUGCGCCGUGUUCGCCCACCUGCUGAGCCCCGGCAAGGACGAGCACGAGCGGCACCUCUCAGGUUUCCUGCCCCCGGUCACUCUGCCUGAGAAGUUCUUCCUGUCCCAGCUGAUGCUCGCUCCUCCCCGGGAGCUCUUUAAGAAAACUCCACGUCAGAUAUCCUGCAUGGACGUGAGCUCUGCCCCGCAGACUGUCGACAUCAGCGGCCUACAGCUCGCUCUCGCUGAGCGUCAGUCAGAGCUUCCCACCCAGAGCAAAGCCAGUUUCCCCAGCCUCCUCAGCGACCCCGACCCUGACUCCUCCCACUCAGGCUUUGACAGCUCCUUAGCCAAUCAGAUCACAGAGUCGCUGGUCACUGGGCCACGCCCACCUCUGGAGAGUCAUUUCCGUCCCGAGCUGAUCCGACCGGCUCCUCCACUGUUCCAGGCGAGCGAGGCCGAGCUGGCGUGGCUAAGUCCUGCCGAGCCGGAGCACCGCGUGCAGUGGGAUCGCUCCAUGUGUGUCCGCGCCGCCACCGGCCUCGAGACCAAACGCAUCAUGGCUAAAGCCUUCAAGAGCCCGCUCUCAGCACCUCAACAAAAUCAGCUUUUAGCCGAGUUAGAAAAGGACCCGAAGCUGGUGUACCACAUCGGCCUCACUCCCGCUAAACUGCCCGAUCUGGUGGAGAACAACCCUCUGGUGGCCAUCGAGAUGCUGCUGAAGCUCAUGUCCUCCAGUCAGAUUACAGAGUAUUUCUCUGUCCUGGUCAACAUGGACAUGUCCUUACACUCCAUGGAGGUGGUCAACAGGCUGACAACAGCGGUGGAUCUUCCACCAGAGUUCAUCCACCUGUACAUCUCCAACUGCAUCUCAACCUGCGAGCAGAUCAAGGACAAGUACAUGCAGAACCGGUUAGUGCGCCUGGUGUGCGUGUUUCUCCAGUCGCUGAUACGGAACAAGAUCAUCAACGUGCAGGACCUGUUCAUCGAGGUGCAGGCGUUUUGUAUCGAAUUCAGCCGAAUCCGUGAGGCUGCCGGUCUGUUCCGUCUCCUCAAGACGCUGGAUAACGGAGAGACGCCGGUCGAGGGCAAAGCAGCCAAGUAGUCGUCUCUGAAAGUGCUGAUGUGGACUGAUGGAGCCCUCGCGGCAGCCAAACCAGCACUUGAACCAAAUCGUAAUUUUUUUUUGAGAAGGAGCAUAACCCAAGGCUGCUAACAAGGGUGCUAAUUAACCUCAGUGCUGUUUGUGAAGUGUGUAGCUUUAGCUCCCUACAAACGCCUUUGAACACAACCAAGAGCUCGACCCAGAACCUCAGUAUGAACUUCAUCCUGACCUUCUGUUGGUUCACCUGGCACUCUCAGUCAGUAUGGGACCCUCUCUAGAAAUCUUAUCCAGAAUUGUUUUUCUUUUUCCUGGAGAGAUGGAAGAUGACCAAACUGAACUGUAAUCCAAAUCAAAUGAGUACUGUUUUUUUUUUCUUUUUUUCCCCUUUCAAGAUGUUUAGAAGGAAGUUGAUGGCACUUUCUUUGGAAAUGUUGUUAUAUGACAAACAUCAAUUGUAUUAUACUGCUACAAACGUAAAUAAAUACAUUUAAUGUAUAUGAAAAACGUGAUAAUGAUUGACUAAUGAAUGCGUCCAACCACAAUUUUUCUUCUAACUCAGAUCUCUUGUGUAUAUUUUACUGUAAAAUAAAAU